AUGGAGUCAUCGAAUCCAGAGCACUUCUUCGAGACGGACGCUCAGCAGGCCAAGCGUCAGCAGCGCGCUGUGAAGGAGGAGAAUGCCUUUGGCAACCCCCUCCGUAUGCCGUCCAAGAUCCUGGCCGUCAUCCCGGACCCCAAGAAAGCUCACUCCGUCUUCGCGGCCGAAUCGGGCGGAAGGGUGUCCCGCAUCAACACGGAGACUCGGGCCAUCAGCGCAAAAUAUACCGGCCCCUCCGUCCCCGUAACAUGCCUCACCGUCGGCGGAGAGUCUAACUCUGUCCUCUUCGCCGGAAGCUGGGACAAGACGGUCUGGUCAUGGGACAUCGCCACGCGCAAGCCCGCUAUUCGCUAUGACGGCCAUUCGGACUUCGUCAAGGCCGUGGUUAGCGGGAAGCUCGGCGACAAGCACGUCCUCGUCAGCGGCGGCGCCGACAAGAAGAUCAUUGUCUGGGAUGUCGCCAGCGGACGCAAGCUGCACACGCUCCAGGACGCCGCGUCGGGCGCCAGCAUGAUGUCCCUGCAGUCUCUCGCCAUCGAUCCCGUGCUCAGCACGCAAGACGAGCUGGUUAUUGUGAGUGCGAGCAGUGACCCGCAUAUCCGGCGGUGGAAGGUCACCGUCGCAGGGUACUCUCAGCUCCCCAUCGAGACUCCCAAGGUAGCUGCGGCAGAGCAGCAGCUCACGAUCCAGCAGCACGAAACGAGCGUUUACAAAGUCGUGUUUGACAUUGCCGGCGACGACGUGGACCUCUGGACCGCCAGCGCAGACGGCACGGCCAAGUGUCUGCUCCGCGAGAAGGGCUUCACCGCCGAAGAUGUCUUUGAGCACGGCGACUUCGUAAGGGCCAUCGCCUUGACGGAUGACUGGGUCAUCACGGGCGGCAUCAGCCAGGUCAUCAAGGUGUGGGACCGGACCUCGGGGAAGCUGUACGCGUCUAUCGAUGCGCACUUUGAUGAGAUUACAGAUUUCGUCGUCCUGCGGGACCCCACUGGCAGGGAGGACGUGUUGUGCAGUGUUGGUAUCGACUGCACGCUGCGGACGUGGCCUCUUAGUAGAAAGGGACUGGACGGGGUUGUGGAGGAGAUCAAGGCUGCGGCAGACGGCAAGGAGAAGGUGGAAGAAAAAGGUGAGAGUUUGAUGACGGCUGAGGAGGAGGCUGAGUUGGCUGCGUUGAUGGACGAUGAUUAG